AUGAUCGAAAGUGUGAAUUUAUCGAGCAUCCAUUCAAAUAGCCAAUAUAACAAGAACAGUGAAUCGCUCAUCAACAAUAAUUAUCGUCUUACAUUUCCAUAUAGUAUUAAAACCGUCGAUCCGAUUAUUAACCAAAAUUUACUUGACGACUUCACUGGUGAAAAAGAUGGAUUCGUACAGGUCGGUCCAAAGAAGUAUCUAUUUCCGGGUACAUUUAAGAAGCAUGCAGAGCAUUUUUACAAUUUCCAAGCACGCAAUGAUGACAUUUGGAUUGCCACUUAUCCUCGUUCGGGAACCACAUGGACCCAAGAAUUAGUUUGGAUGAUUGCCAACGAUUUGGAUUAUGAAGCAGCACAACGUGACUUUCUCACCAAACGAUCACCAUUUUUUGAAUUCUGCGUUUUCAUGCACGAUAAAACCAAGAAAAUGUUCAUUGAAGAACACGAAGGCAAUGUACAAAAUCAAGAUAUGAUCCGAACUAUAAGCGUUCCCGGCUAUGAAUUCAUUCCGAAUAUCACUGAAAAACGAUUUAUAAAAACACAUUUGCCAUUUUCAUUAAUGCCACCGAGCGUGAUGAAUGAACGUGCGAAAAUAAUUUACGUUGCUCGUAAUCCAAAAGAUGUUGUCGUUUCAUAUUAUCACCUUUCCCGUUUGUAUCGAACCACCGGCUAUGUUAACGAUUUUGAUAAAUUUUGGGAGUACUUCGAAAACGAUUUAGUUGCUUGGUCUCCAUACUGGGAUCACAUUAAAGAAGGAUAUUCGCAUCGUCACGAACCAAAUGUCUUGUUCAUGUUCUAUGAAGAAAUGAAUAAAGAUUUACCAGCGACGAUUUCAAAGGUGGCAAAAUUCCUAAACAAAACCAUGAACGAAGAGCAAGUGGCAAAAUUGGCUGACUAUUUAAAUAUAGAAAAUUUCCGAAAUAAUGCAGCUGUAAAUCAGCAUGAAUUACGCGAGCUUCGCAUUUUAAAUUCAACCGAACCAUCGUUUGUUCGUAAUGGCAAGUCCACACGGAAAGGAUGGCAAAAAGAAUAUACACCGGAAAUAAUUGAACGGGUAGAAAAAUGGAUUGAAAAAAAUUUGGCCGAUACAACUCUACGCUUCCCGGAUUUCUCUUAA